GGCAUUCGCACUCACGAAAAACGCUGUCGUCUUCGUGUCCUCGUCGUCGCCAACGUCCCCCACCCACAUAAGCCAUGGCCGAGGAAAUCAUUGCGGACUCCUACGUCGGUUUCGACUCCAUUACGCAGCAGAUUGAGCACAAGCUCUUGAAGCGCGGGUUCCAGUUCAAUGUUAUCCUCGUCGGCCAGACCGGGUUGGGAAAGUCUACGCUCAUUAACACCAUUUUCGCGUCGCAUUUGGUAGACUCGAAGGGACGCUUCACGUCUGACGAGCCCGUGCGCCAGACGACCGAAAUCCAGGCAGUGUCGCAUGUCAUUGUCGAGAAUGGGGUCAAGCUGCGCCUUAACAUCGUCGACACGCCUGGAUACGGGGACCAGGUCAACAACGAGAACUGCUGGGACCCGAUUGUCAAGUACAUCAAGGACCAGCACAGCGCGUACCUGCGCAAGGAGCUCACGGCCAAGCGCGACCGCUACAUCCAAGACACCCGCAUCCACUGCUGUCUCUACUUCAUCAACCCGACCGGGCACUCGCUCCGCCCCAUCGACGUGAUUGUGAUGAAGAAGCUCAGCGAGGUUGUCAAUGUCGUCCCCGUCAUCGCCAAGUCGGACAGCCUGACUAUCGAGGAGCGCGAGAAGUUCAAGAUCCAGAUCAGGGAAGAGCUCGUGUUCCACAACAUCCGCUUGUACCCCUUCGACACCGAGGAUGACGAUGAGGAGGAGAAGCAGCUGAACGAGAGCAUUAGGGACAUCAUUCCCUUCGCGAUCGUUGGCUCCGAGCGCCCCGUUCUCGUUGACGGCAAGCCGGUGCGCGGACGUAAGAACCGCUGGGGUGUGGUCAAUGUUGAGGACCCGACUCACUGCGAGUUCGUCCACUUGCGCAACUUCCUUACGAGGACCCACUUGCAGGACCUCAUCGAGACGACGGCGAACAUUCACUACGAGGCGUUCCGCUCGAAACAGCUCCUCGCGCUCAAGGAUGCCAACCAGCGUCCCGCCGGCCAGUAGAUGCGCAUUCGUUGAUAUCGCUUUGCCUUUUGCCCUUGUUCCCGAGAUGGAUGGUGACAAAAAGUGAUACCCUGGUCAUGCUCGCGCGCCGUCCCUCGCUCACCUCGCUCUUUACGGAUACUGUUUCUAUUGGAUACAUAAUACUUUUCGUGCUCUCUCCUUCCCGUGUUGUUGUUUUCUUGUCGGUGCCGUAUCUCCGUUGGCAGUAUUCAUCCGGUACUUCAGAUGUGGCCUUGGCGUCCCCCCGCGCGCCUGUCCUGUCAGCACCUGUAGGUCAAGCCGAAUUUCCGAGGGACUUGUGCGUCCGC